GUUCAGCUUAAGAGGACAACAACUUCUCUCCUUUCUUUCAAAUAUGGGGAAAAUGGCCUCUCUAAUUGCCACUCUUUUAGUGGUUUUAGUGUCACUCAGCUUUGCUUCCGAAAGCUCAGCAAAUUAUCAUUACUCAUCUCCCCCACCACCAGUGCAUGUCUAUCCAUCACCACCCCACCACCCAAUAUAUAAGUCUCCACCACCACCUAAGGAACCACACUACCCUCCACACACCCCAGUUUACAAGUCUCCUCCACCACACCAUCACCAUCCCAUUUACAAGUCUCCACCACCUCCAACUCCUGUUUAUAAGUCUCCACCACCACCUAAGGAGCCACACUACCCUCCACACACCCCAGUUUACAAGUCUCCUCCACCACACCAUCACCAUCCCAUUUACAAGUCUCCACCACCUCCAACUCCUGUUUAUAAGUCUCCACCACCACCUAAGGAGCCACACUACCCUCCACACACCCCAGUUUAUAAGUCACCACCACCACCAACUCCAGUUUACAAGUCUCCACCACCACCUAAAGAGCCACACUACCCUCCACAUACCCCAGUGUACAAGUUUCCACCACCACCAACCCCCAUUUACAAGUCACCACCACCAGUGAAGCCAUACCAUCCUGCACCAAUUUACAAGUCACCACCAAAGCCAUACCAUCCUGCACCAGUUUACAAGUCACCACCAAAGCCAUACCAUCCUGCACCAAUUUACAAGUCACCACCAAAGCCAUACCAUCCUGCACCAGUUUACAAGUCACCACCACCACCAACUCCCGUUUACAAGUCACCACCACCACCGGUGAAGCCAUACCAUCCCUCACCAACACCAUACCAUCCUACACCAGUAUACAAGUCUCCACCACCCCCAACCCCCGUUUACAAGUCACCACCACCACCAGUGAAGCCAUACCAUCCUUCACCAACACCAUACCAUCCUACACCAGUAUACAAGUCUCCACCACCACCAACUCCCGUUUACAAGUCACCACCACCACCAGUGAAACCAUACCAUCCUUCACCAACACCAUACCAUCCUGCACCGGUAUACAAGUCUCCUCCACCACCAGUGAAGCCGUACCAUCCUUCACCAACACCAUACCAUCCAACUCCAGUAUACAAGUCUCCUCCACCACCAGUGAAGCCGUACCAUCCUUCACCAACACCAUACCAUCCAACUCCAGUAUACAAGUCUCCACCACCACCCCACUAUACUUACUCCUCUCCCCCUCCUCCCUACCAUUACUAAGAAGUGACUUCAUUAUAUCUGAGGAAAAGCAGAAUGUUGAGCUGAAAAGCAUUUUCCAUUUUGGAGAGGCAAUGAAAAAAAUAGAGUAAAUAAUAAGGCCCACAGAAGGCGAAGUUCAUUUGUAGCUUCAUGUUAUCUAAGUUAGUGAUAUUGUUGUUUGUACUCUAUAGUUAUAUUUGUAUUUUUAUGUCUUUUUUGUAUGUUUGCUCAAUUUCAAUCUCCUUGCAAAGUGCAGAGAUUAAUUAUGAGAUGAAUAAAAUAAGUUAUUACUA